CCAAGCUCAUCCCACCACGCCCCCGACCUUUGUCGCACGCUUUCACAUCCACCCACGGUCACCCAGACCUUGCCAAGCACUCUUACGUUAAAGCACACGAUCCCUGAUACCCGCACGCCGCAAUGUCCACGCUCGAGGACCUCGACAACCUUGAGCGCGAAGGCAAGGAGGAGAGAAAGGAUGAGGGCGACAAGGAUGGCAAGAAGCCCAACCAGAAUGGCGACUCCGAGAUGAAGGACACGGCCGAGGAGUCGAAGGAGGAGGAGGACGUCCUGGAUGCUGACAUUCUCAACUCGAGCACGCGGGACAUCCACUCCCGGCGGCGACUGCUCGAGAACGACAUGCGCAUCAUGAAGAGCGAGUUCCAGCGGUUAUCGCACGAGAAAGCGACGAUGCUCGAGAAGAUCAAGGACAACAUGGACAAGAUUGAGAACAACAGACAACUACCGUACCUCGUCGGCAACGUUGUCGAAAUCCUCGACCUCGACGUCGCGGCCGAAGCGGCCGAGGAGGGCGCCAACAUCGACCUGGACGCCACCCGUGUCGGCAAGUCGGCGGUCAUCAAGACGUCGACACGCCAGACCAUCUUCCUUCCUCUGAUCGGCCUGGUCGACCACGAGAAGCUGAAGCCGGGCGACCUCAUCGGCGUCAACAAGGACUCGUACCUCGUUCUGGACACGCUUCCCGCCGAGUACGACAGCCGGGUCAAGGCGAUGGAGGUGGACGAGAAGCCGACGGAGAAGUACACGGAUGUCGGCGGUCUCGACAAGCAGAUUGAAGAGCUUGUCGAGGCGAUAGUAUGGCCGAUGAAGGAGGCCGAGCGGUUCAAGAAGAUUGGCAUCAAGGCGCCCAAGGGUGCACUGAUGUACGGACCUCCCGGUACGGGCAAGACGCUGCUGGCGCGUGCCUGCGCCGCCCAGACGGACGCCACGUUCCUGAAGCUGGCGGGCCCGCAACUGGUGCAGAUGUUCAUCGGAGACGGCGCGAAGCUGGUGCGCGACUGCUUCGCCCUGGCCAAGGAAAAGGCGCCGUCGAUCAUCUUCAUCGACGAGCUGGACGCGGUGGGCACGAAGCGGUUCGACAGCGAGAAGUCGGGCGACCGCGAGGUGCAGCGGACGAUGCUGGAGCUGCUGAACCAGCUGGACGGCUUCGCGUCGGACGACCGGGUCAAGGUGCUGGCGGCGACGAACCGCGUCGACGUGCUGGACCCGGCGCUGCUGCGCUCGGGCCGGCUGGACCGCAAGAUCGAGUUCCCCCUGCCCAACGAGGAGGCGCGCGCGCAGAUUCUGCGCAUCCACUCGCGCAAGAUGACGGUCGACGACAAGGUCAACUGGCCCGAGCUGGCGCGCUCCACGGACGAGUUUGGCGGCGCCCAGCUCAAGGCCGUGUGCGUCGAGGCGGGCAUGAUUGCGCUGCGCAGCGGGCAGAACAAGAUUGUGCAUGAGCACUAUGUGGAUGCCAUUUUGGAGGUGCAGGCCAAGAAGAAGGAGACGAUUAAUAUGUUUGCUUAGGUGUGUGCCGAGCAGACGCACGAUGGGGAGUGCGAGACGAGAGGAGGGGAGUGUACAUGGGCAGCAGUAAUAGAGUCAUAGGGGCUGCUGCGUGCUGCGGAUGGAUGGAUCAUGAGUGGAGGGGGAUGGGGGAGGGGAGGGGAGUGAACGGACGGUGCUAGUUCACUACUAGCUAGAUAGCUAGCUAGCUACAGAAUCGAUGCG